AUGGCGCACCUCAGCCUGGCCCCGCUCGCCAUCGACGAGCGCCCCAGCCUGUCGGACUCGGCGCUCACGGUGACGGGCGACUCGGACGCCACGCGGGCGCCCUCCAGCGAGAGGCUGAGCAGGGUCCGAGGACACGCCCCGGCGCGGCGGGACCCCCGGACCGCAGCUCGGGAGCAGCUGGUCCAGCAACUUCUCCUGCCCAGGGAGAAGGCCCGCCUGGCCACGGACACGGAGCUGGACCAGGACCUGAGCGAGCGCCUGGGCCUGGAGACCAGCGAGACGCUGACCAACGGGAGCAGCCGGGCCGACCUGGAGGCGGCCAAGCGGCUGGCCAAGCGCCUCUUCAAGCUGGACGGCUUCCGCAAGUCGGACGUGGCACGGCAUCUCAGCAAGAACAAUGACUUCAGCCGAAUGGUGGCAGCGGAGUACCUCAGCUUCUUCGACUUCAAAGGGCUGGCGGUGGACAUGGCCUUACGAGCGUUCCUCAAGCAGUUUGCGCUGAUGGGGGAGACACAGGAGAGGGAGAGGGUGCUAACACACUUUUCAAGAAGAUACCUUGACUGCAACCCGGGCAUCAUACCGUCUGAAGAUGCAGUUCACACUCUGACCUGUGCUCUCAUGCUGCUCAAUACGGAUCUACACGGCCAAAAUCUGGGCAAGCGGAUGUCCUGCUCGCAGUUCGUGGGCAACCUCGAGGGACUCAACGACGGUCAGGAUUUUCCGAAAGACCUUCUUAAAGCCCUGUACAACGCCAUCAAGAAUCAGAAGCUACAAUGGACACUGUGAGUAUUCUCCCUAGUGUCUACUGUCCCUACCUGUUCUCUUAC